CAGGAAUCUACCCGGAUGUCCCGCACACACGGAAGAAGCAGGCAAACAUGGCAGCUACAACCAACAACAACGUGGACAUUUCAACGUCUAUUGCUGGUAUUUUGAAUGAAAAAUACCGUCCUGAACACCUACAGGUUUUAAAAACAUGCACAGCAGCGUUAAGGGAAAAGGAAUACAGAGAUGUCGUCGAAGAGCAGGCUUUCUCCAGUCUUCUGCAAGUCUUGUCCCGGCUGUGUAAUGAGCUGCAAGCUGCUAGCAUAGAUGAUCAGGACCUGCAGUCUGUCGCCUUGCAGCUGCAGCUGACUGCCGAGUGCUUCAGGGCUCAGAGGAACUCCUGUGUGCAAAGCACACGCAACCAGUGCCUGCUCAGGGAGCUUGGUUUUAUUGAUGUUUCUGUUAAACUCCUGACCUUCUUUCAAACCAUAAAUUUGGAGGGCAAAGAUGGCAUAUUUGAACCUCUUCGUUGUGGGAUCCAGUUCCUCGGUAACUUGGCAGUGGGAAACCAAAUGUGUAAAGAUGACAUUUGGCAGCUGAGCUUCCCGGAUCUGCUCCUGCAGCUGCUCAGUGUCGAUGAUGAGAAGGUGGUGAACUACACCUCUAUGGUACUCCACACGUGUCUGGAUGACGCCAAGGUGGAAGAACUGUCUGAGCCGCAGAACAUCCAGCUGGCACUGAAGGUGAUGGAGCUCUGUAGGACCCAACCAGACCUGGACUGGACGGUUAUUAUUGCAACUCAGCAUUUCCUCAAGUCUUCAGCUCUGGUGGAAAACAUGUACUCUGGGAUGUCUCCCAAUGAAAGAGUUACUCUGCUAGAGCUGCUCUUUGCCCAACUGAGAGAGGGAGGCUCAGAGGAUUGCGGCAUCCCUUCCAGCGUGGCUCGUUUCGUGGCCUCUACCUUCCAGAAAGGUUGUGGAGCUGUGCUGACACUUAGCACUGGCUCUGAUUCCAGUAUUGAGGAGGCAAUGACAGUGAUUAGUCUGCUGGAGGUGCUAUGUGAGAUGACCUCAGAUAACAGCCAGCUCAUGUUCCUACAGAACCAUCCAGACCUUCUAGUGGCUACUGUUGAGCUCCUGGAGCAGGUGCAUGCCAUAGGGAAGGCCAGUAAGAAUAUUUUCAGUGCUGCUCAGAACUUCUCCUCUUUCAGUGGAGAUGGAGACUCUCCCUCUGAUUCCCCGGUCAUCAGCUUCAAGGCUCACCUCAUCAGGCUGAUAGGAAACCUCUGUUACAGGAAUACCAACAACCAGAACAAGGUGAGAGAACUGGAAGGCAUCCCCCUGAUCUUGGACAACUGCAACAUAGACAGCAACAACCCAUUCAUCAGCCAGUGGUCCAUCUUUGCCAUCAGGAACCUCCUAGAACACAACACUCAGAAUCAGGAGCUGGUUGCCAACCUGGAACGCCGCGGCCCCGCUGACUACUCCGCACUCAGGGAGUUGGGCUUCCUGGUGGAGGAGCGAGAUGGGAGCUUGCUACUCAAAACUGUGAGGAAAGAUUCAUGAAAAUCUUACAGAAGCAGCCAGGAGCAAGGAGGCCCUCUACCCGCAAUCAGGUUUUCAUGUGAAGUUAUUGUUUAGAAAGCACAUGUAUUAACAUGUGCUGCAAGCCUCAUCGAUGUUACCAAAUACUUAAGAUUUAUUCAUCUAACGCAUAAGUUUUGUGCCUGUCUAGAAUAAUUGAUAGUAAGUAAGCUAGAGUAAGCUGAAUUAGACAUUUCUAUCAGAGAAGUAUAGUAUAACUUACUUUUCUACCUCAGCAGUGCAAGCACUCGUGUCCAGAUGGGGCUUAAGGCAUUCUUUAUAUACAAAAGGUCCACAGGGUCCCCCUGGUAUAAAAGAAGAGGUCAAGAUGUCCAGAGCUCUUGUUUUGUCUUGACCCAACUCUGGGAAAUGAAGAGUUUGUGAGAGGCGAGGACAUGCUGGUACCUUUUGGCAAAGCUAAUGCUUUGGGGUUUAAUCCAAAGACAAAGAGCACCACAGUGUCCGGGCUUUUCACUUUUCAGAGACACUGAUGUUACCAGCAGGGGUUGUGGUUUAAUCUCAGGCCCGUAGUGACUUCUGCAGUAACCACGAAACAGAGAAUGACCAAAACAUGAUGUAAUAACCCCCCUGCGCUUCACCUAAUUAAAUGGUGGUGUCUUAACCAGAGGUAUGAAGACUUUCUCCCCAUAAACACGCUUAAAAUGUUAGUGAAUAACUGCUUAUUUUAACAGACAUAAUAUUAAUAAAAACAUAACCUAAGGUCAUCUAAGGUCAGCAUACGACACUAAAACUAACUCUCACACUAUGCAUGUCAUUUGAAAACAAAGCUCAAUAUACAGCAUGUGCUACUUGCUUUUGCAGUGCUGCUUGUAUUAAGGAUAUAACAGUAAUGAGUUUUAUACUCAACACAAUGUAGUGUAUUUCAUCUUCAUCUUAUUCUCCCAUCUUCUAUUUCAAUCCUGUUGCACAGUACUGUAGAUGAAUAAGGCAUGAGAGGGCUAAUGGCAUGCAAUAUAGAUCAUUAACCAUCUUUAAACUCACAACUUUGAGUUCAUAUUUUACACCUUAGACCGCUUCCCUUCGCUUUGUGCAAAUUAUAUUUAAGUUAUACCAGACUGCAUGGACUUUCUUAGAGAUUUACUAAAUACUGAACUCCUAUUUAGUUCUAGCUGUGUGUUUGUGGGCAUCUUCUGUUACAUGAGGGAUGAGUGCAUAUUGUAAGUGGGUGUCCAAAGAGUGAGUGAGUGAGUGAAUGAAUGAAUGAAUGAGUGAGUGAGUGAAUCAGACCAGAAGCAUUAGUUUGCAGAAUGACAUCCCUCCCUGCUCCUCCCGUUGCUGGAUAAGCUGAACAGUACUGACACCUCAACAAUGCAGCGCUUUACGGGCCUGCCCACACCCUGCUCCACCCUGUUUGCUCUGCCUCUGAUUUUUAAUGACAAAAUGUAUUGAAACAAUCCGCUGGACUCUCCCCUCAAUCCGCCGGCAUAGUGAAGGGAGCUUAUGCGGUUCCGGUCCCCAAGGAUUUCAGACAGCUAACAAAACAGCUGUUACUUGCGCUCGACUGGCUGGCUGCAAUGCUUUUCAGCCCCACAGGAAAGAGGCUGUGCGAGUCAGCCGGGCUGAAUGAGGUGGCAUGGCCGCGGCCGUCUGUUCACCUCCUAACACAUUAGUACCACAUCAGUCAAGGCCAGAAUUCUGGUGUUUCCCAUAUCAGCGUUUUAUACCACAGGCCUCUACUAUAUUGUAUUUGUGCCUUCUGGUUUCGCCUUCAGCAAAAAAAACAAACAACAAACUUUGUCAGGGUGUAAAAUAUAUGCUUCCUGUUUGGGUCAAAUAUGUUUAUAUGCAGCUUAAUAAAGAAUUGUGUGUGUGACAAACA